AUGGCAAAGCUGACUUCACUUGUGCCGCAAUCUCGUGGAGGCCAAGUGGAGCCCUUUCAUGAACGCCGGGUUAGCUGUGCUGGCUCCCGACCUGUACCUGAUCCUGUACCAGGUGUGGCUCGCCGCCUCGUGGCACUCUCGUCAGUCUUUGUGCAACGUUGGCUUCGUGCGAGACGUUCCAGACGCAGAUUGACAUGCAGAUCGAGGCAGGUGGCUUACGACGUUGACGAUCCCGAGCAGGAGCUACAGAGACUCCGAUUUCGAGGGGUGAGCUUGCUCUUUGGAGUCCCUGCUUUUCAGCGCCUGCAAAAUGCGCGAGUUGCUGUUCUUGGGAUUGGUGGAGUUGGAUCCUGGGUGGUGGAAAGCCUUGCGAGAAGUGGGAUAGGUGCGCUCACCUUGGUUGACUUAGAUGAGAUAUGCAUCAGCAACACCAAUCGGCAAUUGCAUACCCUCAUGGACACGGUGGGACGACCUAAGGUUGAUGUGAUGGCUGAGCGGGUGAGGCUCAUCAAUCCAGAGUGCAAGGUUGACACUGUGCAAGACUUCUUUGUGCAAGAAACCGAAAGUCAAAUUCUCGACCGGCAGUUGGAUGUUGUCGUUGAUGCCAUCGAUGGUGUUGCAAACAAGUGUCGCCUCAUUUAUGCAUGUCGUGAACGGCAUAUUCCCGUUGUUGUGUCGGGAGGCUUGGGUGGCAAGGCAGAUCCUACGCAGUUCUGCGAAGACGACAUAACUCGAGUACACGGUGAUGGGCUUACGCGUCGCGUACGCAAUACGCUACCCGACUGGAUGCCUAAAGAGAACGGCUUCGGAAACAAUAUGGCUUUCCUUCUGGUGAAUCAAAGGGAAGGUGGGGAAUCCCUGUUGUCUACAGCCCCGAGACACCAAAGUUUGUCCCGGAUGAGCCGUUGGACGAAGGAGAGGAGUUGCAAAGGAAGACCUGUGACAGUGGCUAUGGGACCUUUUGCCCAUCUGCUGGAGUGCAGGGAUUUACUUUGGCGGCGUGUGCUACGAAGAUAUUGA